AACAACAAAAAAUAACAGACGAAACGUUUUGCAACAGAAUCGGCGUAAUGAUUACACCUCAGUAGAAUUCCUAGUCUCGUCAUUGAGGUGAUUUGUCCACGUGAGCUUCCGUACUGUUCAUUCAGCUGAGAGCUGCAAAGAGCGAGUGGAUGGGGGGUUUGUGCUAACUGGAAUUUCUAUCAAUUUCAUUCUUGUUGUAUGGACAUCUAUGCAAUAGUGUACUGUUUGUCUACAUUAUUUCGAAUGCGCAUUUGUGUGUGUGUCUCUUGCUGAUUGGCGAGCAUUCAUUAAACAGCGACACUGCACCAACCUGUUCUAGCUAGCUAAAUUUGCUAACAGUAGCUAGCUAACGUUAGCAAGCUGUGUGCAUACGGCAUACCAUAGCAGGCAGCAAUGUUAUAAUGCAAUACAUUAAUUUAGAAGAAAUAUGCUAUGCUAAAAAUGAUUUGAUUAGGCUCGGUUAGUCAAUGCACGGCUUGGCACACGUCCCCAGGAAUCCUACCGCUAGCUGAUUAACUGGCUGGUAAAAACAGCAGCGAGCCGACGGCCACCACCACAACAUGAGUCAGAUUAACGUUAGAUGUCGCGCUCUUUGAAUACUCUCUCUGCUACUGAUGAUGAUGCUGCUCAUCUUUCAUUUCAGUUUUACGGCGGCGGAGGGAGAUUCUCUACUAUGACAAUUGGAGGCAGAAAAUGGAAACCGUGGAAAAAUGGAACAAAUGCCUAAUAUCACCUAAGUUGUUGGAUAGAAAAGUAUUUCCCAAACAUAAUGGCGAGACAGGCAUGAUUGUGAAGCAUCUUCACAACACAUUCAGACUUCAACAUAGUUUGCAGAUACAGUCCAUCAGUCGCUCAGAAUGUGCCACUGGCUCCUGUCCAAAUUUGAUGAUGAGUAGGAAUGAGCACCACGAGCCUCGGCCUGUCCCUGUUGCCCUCACCCCCCAGCUUGUCCCAAGGGCCCAUCGGCCCCUCUGCCUCUCCGUCUCCUCAGAUAGCAAUGGCCGCUUCAAAGCUCUGGAGACCCAAGAGUGGAAAAACAAUCUCAAAGCCCAGAUGGAGCAGGCCCACAGUGCAGGAGCAGCCAGCAGCACAGGCUCCCUGGAGAGGGCCUCGUUGUUUUGUGCCUCUGGUUCCACCACGGCCUCCAGCUCUGGCCUAUCCAGCCCCGUGGAGAACCUCACCAAGAGCAAGUCCUCCAGCCGCUUCUCCCUAUUUUCCCCUCCCUGGAACAGCAGCUCAGAGUCCGACUCCAACCCCCCCUCCCGCUCCGGCUCCAAGAAGCUGCGUAACUACAGCAUGAGGGCUGCCACAGGUCCGGCCGGGGUGGGGGCAGUGGGUAGGACGGGUCCACCAGACACCCCAGACACACCCAAACUGAACGUCCCGGAACACUUCCAGUACUCUGAGCCCGUCAUCUCCAAGGUGACGGACUACAUCUUCGUGGGCAACCUGAACGCAGCGUACAACGGGCGCACGCUGUGUCGCAACAACAUUGACAGCAUCAUCGACAUGAGCAGCAUGCCGGGGGACCCCGGCCCAAGCCUCAGCCUUAUCCCUUGCACCUGCUCCCGAGGCGCCCGCCACAGCUGGUCCCGCCUCAAGGUGGACAUCUGCGAUGUCCCAGACGCGCUGGGCGAGGGAAGCCCCGCCCUGAAGCAGCACUGCUUCGAGGACAUCAACGAGUGCAUCGAGGCUUCCACGGAAAAAAGGAAACGAGUGCUGGUCCACUGCCGUGACGGGUACUCCCUGGCUCCGACCUGUAUCAUCCAGUACCUCAUGGUGAAGCAGAAUAUGCGGCUGAUCUCGGCCUACGAGCUGCUGAGGGCCAAGUACCCUGUUAACAUCAGGGAGUGUCACCAGAAUGUCCUGGUGAGCCUGGAGAGAGCUCUGCGGCCUGGAGGCAACGUGGACCCAGAGUGCUUCAAGCAGGCCAUCUCAAGGAAAGUGGCCUGGACCUGACCUGGCUCCUCCCCCUCCACUCCACUCUCCCUGUAGUUUGGCCCUCUUUAUUUUUCUAAUCUAACCGUGGCAUUCAAUGGAUAUUUUUCUAUGGACAAUUUUUGAAAGGCAGCUUUACUUUCUGUCAUAGUCAACUGGAUAUGGAGAUGUUGCCACUAACAGUGAGCUUCAAACAUAUUUGGACUGACAUUUGUUGUUGUUUUGGCUCUGUACUCCAGCACUUUGGAGGUUAAAGUGCAGACUGUCAGCUUUAAUUUUAGGGUAUUUUCAUCCAUAUCUGGUGAACCAUUGUAGAAGUGUUUAGAAGCAUAUUUUAUUUACAAUAAAAGUGACUCCAAAAUGACACUAUAUGUUAUUUACCAUUAAUUUCUAUUGGGCACAAAAUUAUCUGAAACACCACCAGAACAAACAGCAAAUGCCUUCAACAAGUUUGUAGUCUCACAAGCUUGAUGUAAUCUUUGCGUGCUAGGAAUAUGGGACCAAAUACUAAACUUUUGACCAGUUUAAUACAAAUAUAAGUGAAUUUGUCCCAAUACUUUUGGUAUGUGCAAAAAGUGCUGUACUUUCUUAACAGUUCACCAGAUAUGGAUGAAAAUACCCUAAAAUUAAAGCUGACAGUCAGCACUUUAACCUCAGUCAUUGUAUCAUUUCAAAUCCAAAGUGCUGGAGUACAGAGCCAAAACAACAUGUCAGUCCCAAUACUUUUGAAGCUCACUGUACUUGCGACGCAUCAAAAUGCUUGUGAAAAUGUAAAUGCAAGUUGAUGUAUUUGUCCUCUUCUGAGCCCGUGAAUUUGACUUUGAUGUUUCUCCAUAAGCGAUUAGAUGUUUUACUCUUUACAUCUGCUAGAUAUGGAAAAUGUUUCAUUCUAGACUGUGACUUCAGGCUGAAUAAGCCCUUUGCCACGCUGGUUUUAUUGUGGCUGUGUUUUUAUUUCAGGGGAAUUUGAAUGGGAGUUCUCAGGAGAACUAAUGAUGAUGUCAUUCCAAUAUAGCUGCAAACACUGCUGAUCUAAUCUGAAAGCUCUGUGUGAAUAAUGGAGGACGUCACUGCUCUCUUGGAUCUACAUCGGCCAAUCACAGGAGCAGAUCAUUACUGUACUAUAUCAGCGACAUGCAGGGGACUUUGCACAUGGUUGCCGAUUUGUUGUUGUAAAUCCCUCCCUCACACCUCAAUUGGUCUGUGACCCUCCUGCCACAGACAGACAUGACAAUGUGGUAUCCUCCUCAGACAUUUUCCAUUAUGGUUCAGAAGACCAGGUGGAAGACAAUGAAUUAUCAUAGAUCGUCCUCUAUGAGGAAAACUAACUUACAUGACGUUCCCUAUCACUUUAACUCACCGUUGUAAACAUUUGCUGUGGUACUUCUUGGAAACUGUGGCUUUGUAAUUUCAGCUGUUGUGUAUGCAAUGAAAAUGGAUGGUCAGUAUCUAUCUCUCUGGAAUGUCAGUAUUAGUAUAUUAUAAAUCAGACUGAAUGGUGAUUCAAUGUUGUACUGCGAGAAAUUCUAUUGCACUACCUAAAAAGGUUCUCCAGAAAUGCACAGUUUGAUGGAUAUUAGUAAGCUGACAUGAAUUUAAACACAACUUUUUUAUUAUCAUUGUUCUGUGGUAUGGAAAUGUCUUUGUAAAAUUAUUGUUUUGAAGACUUUGUGCUCUAGUGUUCGAUUCAGUUAAUUUGGUCCCAAUAUUAUUCCCUUAAAGGGACAGUUUGUUCAAAAGUAAUAUUUCCAUUAUUUUACUUAUCUUGGAAGUAGUCAUAGACCAGUAGUGACUACGUCUAGGAUUAGGGUUUCAUUACUUUGCUUCAGCCACAACAGGCUAAAUGUUAGCAUUCUCUACCUCAACACAAGGGUUGAAUGUUGCCCACUUUAGAACUGUCUGAAUUGCAAAAUCAACUCAAAUUAACAUAACAUUGGAAAGCAAAACUUUCUCUCCAGGGAGUUGUGUAGAGGCUCAUAUGAUUUAGAAAAUAGUUACAUUUCUGUAAAAAAAAAAAAAGAAAUGUCUUGCUACAGUAAUUUAUCAUAUUCAUAAAAUGCCACUGAUCCAAUGUUAUUGUAGUAUGGUUAUGAUCAUAAACCACUAUUCUUUUAUCUGACAGAUUUAAUAUUAGAGUUGCUUAUUUUUGUCAGCAGUGGUUGUAGUACAUUUUUGUUGUUCUGUGACCAGUAUGGGUGGAAUGGAAGCUUCACUAUAUGAGUAUGGUGCCUUUGCUUGAAUUUGUCUUGUGCGACUGUACAGUGACACUUGCACACUUUGUAUGCAGUUGUUGAGCGUUGAUAAACAUUUUUCUACUUUAAAAUGUUGCCUAUUGAUGCUCUCAAUGUUUUUAAUUGGAAUACAUGAGGUAAGGAUUUUAUGAAAGAAUACAGUUAUGUGAAUUGGUUAUUGCUGUAACAUGUUUUGGUGGUCAGUGGGUGCACAGUCUUAUGUACUAUGCGAAAUGUGGAUGUGAUCAGGGUUACAGAAUGACCCUAACUUUCCCAAAAUUCCCAGGUGUUCCAGAAAUCCUGGUCGGAGGAUUCAGGAUUGUCUGUGUAUUUCCACCUGAUUCCUGGAAUCUACCAACUGGGAUUUCUGGAAAACCUGGGAAUUUUGCAACCCUAGAUGUGAUGAUUCAACAUUUUGUGCAAUACUGCACGCCAUACAAUUUAGGCCAUAGACGGAUGUUUUAACAUUUUCAAGGUGAAUAUACUAUAUUUAAAAAUAAACGGUUAUAUAAGGUUUAUUUGACCCUUGUGAUGGUGUCUUUGGAUCGUCUCUCAACUUUGGUUUGGUUUUACAACUUGUUCUCAGGUGAACUGUAUAAUGGCCCAGAAUGUUCUGACUGAACUGUAUAUGAAACCAGAAUAUGUGAAGCAAUGCAUUUCCUGUGUCGAGUUUUUGGUAGGUGUACAUAUUAAAAAAAGACGUUACAUCAUU